AUGUUUUCAAGCGUGCCCAGAGAAAGCGACGGCUUCAUCAACGAGGAGUAUAAAAAAUAUCAGGUAAAGACAAGCAUCCACCACUGGCAGCUUCGAGAUAUGAUAUCCGCAACAGACACGCCCUAUGAGGUUAUAUAUGUGUAUGCAAACUCCAUAAAUCUUCUAAACACAAAGACCGAAAGAACCCACACUGUGGCAAGGAAUCUGCUAUUUAACCCUACCUCAAUAUGCUACAGCGACGGCAUAGUUGGGGCCGGGGGGCAGAGAAGCCAGCUCUUUAUAAAAAACAUUUUGACGGGAGUAGACCGCAAAGUAUCCACUGGAGGCUCAAUAAAUAACGGGCUGGAAAUAUUUUCGCACUUCGGGGAAAAAAGGAUUCUGGUGUGCAACAACGACGAAACUAUUAAGGAGUACUCGAUCGAGUGCAUGCGCAAGAGAGCAACCAUUUUCCACCAGUCGCCUGUCAACAGCUGCUCCGUGAACAACGACGGAAAAAUACUGGCGACUGUCGGGGACUCGAACGAGGUCUCUCUAUACUCUGUGGGAAGAGAAAAGUAUCCUUUGAUCAAAAGAGUAAAGGCAAUGAAUGAUGCAUCUUUCAAGGCGUCGUGGAGCCCCUCUGGCACGCACUUGGCUGUUGGCACGCAAGAUGGAUACGUCUGCGUGUAUGAUAUCAGAAACAUGGAGCAGAAAAUACAAACAAUUCCCUCCAUACAGAGCCCGCUGGUUAAGGGCGCCUGCCGAAACGUGAAGUUCUGCCCUGACGUGACCAUGGAUGUGCUGGCCUUUACAGAGCACGUCUCACAUUUCACACUAGUUGACAUUCGCGACUUUGGAAAGAAGCAAAGCAUUUCCAUUGGAGGCCCAUCCGGGGACAAACACGUUUCCGGCAUGGCCUUUGGCGAGGAGGGAAAGAAGCUGUACAUAGGGACAGAAAUGGUCAUAUACGAGUUCGAGAUAGACUCUAUUGGAAGAAGACUUUUCCACUGCGGAGAGCUAAACUAG